UUGCCUUUGCCUCUUUGAGUAGGAAACUAUUAAUUUCCCUGAUUCUCUAUUGUUAACAAUUUCCACUUUUGAGUAUUGGGUUUCUCUCAUUUUCUUUAAACCCUCUGCCAAAAUUUUUUUUCCCGACCAGGGCCUAAAAGAAAUGGACAAACGUCACCGGAAGCAAGCCGAGACUGGUAGUUGCUGUUUUGAAGAGGUGAGCAGCAUUGAGUGGGAGUUCAUAAAUAUGUCUGAACAAGAAGAAGAUCUCAUUUAUAGAAUGUAUAAACUGGUUGGGGACAGGUGGGGGUUAAUUGCAGGUAGGAUACCGGGUCGGAAAGCUGAAGAAAUAGAAAGGUUUUGGAUCAUGAGACAUGGAGAAGUAUUUGCAAAGAGGCGAAGGGAGCUGAAGAAGAGACACGGUUCUUCUUGAAAAUAACGGCAUUCAUUUCUUUUAUAUUAGGGAUGGAACAAUGUUAUGUUUUUUUGGGUCUCGUGUUGUUUAUGAUCUGUGUCUUUGUUUGGUGCUCUGUUUCCUUCCCUGUAAGGGUUGCAAAUUGCAGUGCAUGCCGUUUGUUGAUGUAUGGCACAAGGUCUUUUUGUCGAGAUGGGAAAUGGAAGAAGGUAGUUGCAGUUUUAUUCGAUUAAAA